AUGGCGUCCAUGGCGCUCGCCGAGGAAAGGGAUGCCUUGGAUUCCUCUAGGUUGCGUAUCAGCCAAGGGCUAUCGGUGGAUGUCGCAAUGCAGCCCAAUGAGGAGGGAAUGGGUGAGCAUCCUGUCAAGCCUAGGAAGCCAUACACGAUCACGAAGCAGAGGGAGAAGUGGACGGAGGAAGAGCAUGAGAAGUUCCUGGAGGCGCUGAAGCUGUAUGGCCGGUCCUGGCGUCAGAUACAAGAACACAUUGGCACAAAGACCGCUGUCCAAAUCCGAAGCCAUGCCCAGAAGUUUUUCUCAAAGGUGGUGCGUGAACCUGGUGCUAAAAUUGAGAUCGAGAUCCCUCCCCCCAGGCCAAAGAGGAAACCAGUACAUCCAUAUCCUCGCAAGCGUGCGAACUCCUGCAAUGGAGCAAACCUAGCAAAUGGGCAAUCCAAGCUUGCUCCUAUGUCAUCUUCUUCUGGUUCUGACCAAGAGAAUGGUUCUCCUGUGUCGGUGCUAUCUGCGAUGCAGUCGGAUGCUUUUGGAUCAUCGAUGUCAAACCCGUCAUCUCGCAGUACCUCCCCAGAGUCGUCAGAUGAGGAGAACAGUGUUCUUCCAAUGGUGAACGGAGGGGAAGGUCAACAAACAGGGAUAGAUCAAUCCCACAAGGAAGCUGAUCAGGAAAACAAAGAUACGGGUACCUCUGAAGAGGAUUCUUCUGAUGAGGUACAGGUAACAAGCGUGAAGCUGUUCGGGAAGACGGUCGUCAUCCCAGACCCGAGGAAAAGAUGCUCCCCGGAUACAGGCUCAGGGCAUGAAAAUGGAGAGCAAACCUCACAAUCCUCUAACAAAGGAACAUCACAAGCCCCACUGGCUGUAGAGAUUCCAACACAUACAAAGGGAGAGCAAAUCUCACAAUCCUCUAACAAGGCAACAUCACCAGCCCCAUUGGCUGUAGAGGUUCCGACGUAUACAAAUGGAGAGCAAAUCUCAGAGUUCUCUAACAAGGCAACAUCACAAGCCCCAUUGGCUGUAGAGAUUCAAGCAUACGCUGCGCCGACAAGUGGGUGGGUUCUUCCAUACAAUUCAUUCCCGCUCCAUUUCGGGGAAUCAGCGGAAGCCAGAAUUGCCCGUUUGCACAUGUGGUGGCCAUACUAUGGGUUUCCUAUGGUCCAUCCAAGUGGACCGAGUGCAGUGGCACACAACGGAAAAGCUACUGAUGAGAGCGAAGCUGCGAAGAGCCCUCCAGUUGAAUCAAGCUCGGACUUCAAUGACAAUACUCAGGCAACAGCCAGCAAGCAGUGGAAAGUGCUUGAGUCGCUUGGAACAGCGCAGGCCCCUCCGUCGGUUUCUAAUUUUCAGCUUAAACCAAGCACGAACUCGGCCUUCGUGAGAGUGAAGCCGAUCAUCAGCAGCGGAGAUGAGCCGGUGAGGGGGUUCGUGCCGUACAAAAGAUGUAGAGUCGAAUGA